AUGGGGAACGCGGAGAGCAUGGAUGCCCAGCUCACGGACUUCAGGGCGAGGAGCAAACCCCCCAAACUGCCCAUGCCGGACCCGGCCGAGCUGGAAGAGAGAUUCUCCAUCGCUUUGAACUCCAUGAACCUUCCGCCAGACAAGGUGAGGAUUCUGCGGCAGUAUGACAACGAGAAGAAGUGGGAGCUGAUCUGUGACCAGGAGCGUUUCCAGGUGAAGAACCCUCCCCACACUUACAUCCAAAAGCUGAGAGGAUUUCUUGACCCAGCUGUCACAAGAAAGAAAUUCAGAAGGAGAGUUCAGGAAUCCACUCAAGUGCUCCGUGAGCUGGAAAUUUCACUCCGAACUAAUCAUAUUGGGUGGGUGAGAGAGUUUCUGAAUGAAGAGAACCAAGGGUUGGACGUGCUAGUGGAGUACCUGUCCUUCGCACAAUAUGCUGUUACCUUUGAUGGCGAUGUAGCAGAGGGUGCUAGUGGUGAGGCGUCUGUGGAGACUCCCUGGAGCAGAUCUAUAGAAGAUCUCCAUGGUGACAGCAAUCUGCCCUCGCCGGUCAGCAGCAGCAGCAUUCCACGCUCCACACGCCACUCCUUACGGUCUAACACCCUUCCCAGCCGCAGGACCCUGAAAAACUCCCGUUUAGUGUGCAAGAAGGAUGAUGUGCACGUCUGCAUCAUGUGUCUCAGAGCCAUCAUGAACUACCAGUACGGCUUCAACAUGGUAAUGUCACAUCCACAUGCUGUGAAUGAAAUUGCCCUGAGCCUCAACAACAAAAAUCCAAGGACCAAAGCUCUGGUGCUAGAGUUGCUGGCUGCUGUGUGUCUGGUGAGAGGAGGGCAUGAGAUCAUCCUAGCUGCCUUCGAUCAUUUCAAAGAGGUCUGCUCAGAGACCCAGAGGUUUGAGAAACUAAUGGAAUACUUUAAAAACGAGGACAACAAUAUUGAUUUCAUGGUUGCUUGCAUGCAGUUCAUCAACAUUGUGGUGCACUCGGUAGAAGACAUGAAUUUCAGAGUUCAUCUUCAGUAUGACUUCACAAAACUUGCACUGGAUGAAUACCUGGAGAGACUGAAGCACACAGAGAGCGAUAAGCUACAGGUGCAGAUCCAGGCCUACUUGGAUAACCUUUUCGACGUUGGCACACUCCUGGAGGAUGCAGAGACCAAGAACGCGGCGCUGGAACGAGUGGAGGAGCUAGAGGAGAGCCUUUCGCAUCUGACGGAUAAGCUGCUAGACACAGAGAACGAGGCCAUGUCUAAGAUUGUGGAGCUGGAGAAGCAGCUCAUGCAGAAGAACAAGGAGCUGGACUCCGUUCGGGCCGUGUACCGGGACGCCAGCUCACAGGUGCACACGCUUCGGCGAAUCAUGCGCGAGAAGGACGAGACCAUCCAGCGGCAGUCAAAGCUGGAAAAGAAGAUCCAUGAGCUGGAGCGGCGAGGCAGCCUGCAGAUCCAGGUGAGGGGAGAAGGUGACGGGGAGGGAGACGUUUCCCCUCUGCCUUCUCCUCCGCAGCCCAUGGCCCUCUCGCCUUGCCCCGACGCCAUGGCUCAGGCUGCAGCGUGCGCCAGCACCUCCUACGGCCCCAGCAGCAUCUCUCAGACAGGAACUCUGAGAAGGAUGGCCACGCCACCACCUCCGCCUCCUCCACCACCACCUCCUCCACCUCCGCCUCCUCCACCACCUCCCAUGCUGGGUUCUUCAGUACCUAAUGGACCCUCAGCUGCCUCUGCUCCUCCUCCUCCUCCUCCACCCCCUCCUCCACCCCCACCCCCUGGGCAUGCUGUGGAGAUGUCCACCCCACUGCCCCCUCCCCCUCCCCCUGUAGCUCCUCCCCUCCCAGGCUGUGGCACACCCACAGUCAUAUUUAACUCUGGCCUAACAGACGGACCAAUCAAGCUCUUCUCUGUAAAGAUUAAGAAGCCAAUCAAGACCAAGUUCCGGAUGCCAGUCUUUAACUGGGUGGCUCUGAAACCCAAUCAGAUCAAUGGCACUGUCUUCAAUGAGAUUGAUGAUGAAAGGAUCCUGGAGGACCUGAACGUGGAUGAGUUUGAGGAGUUGUUUAAGACCAAGGCCCAGGGUCCUUCGGUGGACAUGACAAUGAGCAAGCAGAAAGCGCCACAGAAAGGCCCCAAUAAAGUGUCACUACUGGAGGCCAACAGGGCCAAAAACCUGGCCAUCACCCUCCGCAAAGCAGGAAAGAGCCCAGAGGAGAUCUGCAAAGCGAUCCAAACGUUUGACCUGCGCACCGUUCCCUUGGACUUUGUGGAGUGUCUGAUGCGCUUCAUGCCCACAGAGGGCGAGGUGAAAGUAUUGAGGCAAUACGAGAGGGAGCGGCGGCCCCUGGCUGAGCUCACAGAUGAAGACCGCUUCAUGAUGCUCUUCAGCAAGAUCGAGCGGCUGCCUCAGAGAAUGACCAUCAUGGCCUUCAUGGGCAACUUCAGCGACAGCCUGCAGAUGCUUACACCGCAACUGCAUGCGAUCAUUGCAGCCGCUGUGUCCAUAAAAUCAUCCCAGAAGUUAAAGAAGAUACUUGAAAUCAUCUUGGCCCUGGGGAACUACAUGAACAGCAGUAAGAGAGGAGCUGUGUACGGCUUUAAGCUUCAGAGCUUAGAUCUGCUGCUGGAGACCAAGUCCACAGACAGAAAGCAAACCCUGCUGCAUUACAUUGCUAAUGUGGUGAGGGAAAAAUACCCUGUUGUGAGCAUGUUCUACAAUGAACUCCAUUACGUGGAGAAGGCAGCUGCUGUCUCUCUGGAGAACGUUCUCCUGGAUGUGAGGGAGCUGCAGAGAGGUAUGGAUCUGACCCGCCGAGAGUACAGCAUGCAUGGCCACAACUCGCUGCUCAAAGACUUCAUCCACCACAACGAAACAAGGCUGAAAAAACUGCAGGAUGAUGCCAGAAUCGCACAGGAUGCUUUUGAUGAUGCUGUAAAGUACUUUGGGGAGAGUGCCAAAACCAUGCCCCCCUCCGUCUUCUUUCCUGUGUUCGUGCGGUUUGUCAAAGCCUACAGGCAAGCAGAUGAGGAGAAUGAGCAGAGAAAGAGGCAGGAACAGCUGAUGAUGGAGAAGCUUUUGGAACAAGAGGCCAUGAUGGAGGAGCAGGAGGAUCAGCAGUCGCCAUCUCAUAAGGGCAAGAGGCAGCAACAGGAGCUGAUAGCUGAGCUGAGGAAGAGGCAGGGGAAGGAUAGUCGCCACGUCUAUGAGGGCAAAGAUGGCGCCAUUGAGGACAUAAUUACAGACCUGCGCAGUCAUCCCUUCCGCCGGGCUGACGCCUUCAGAAGGAGCGCGAGAAGGAAUUUUGAUGGACAGCACCUUCAGCUGCUCAGCAUGGAGGUCACAACCUGCUAGCCCAGCUUACUGAGCCAGAAAAAGACAAGAGAGGGAAAAGCCGACUCCACAUCACCUCUCGCUAUUUCAAAAAUUCAAGGAGGAGGUGAAUGAACGUUCAGGUUUGAGACACGUUGCACUUGGAACUGGUUCACCUUUAACUGUACACUGGAUACUGUUGAGAGAAAUGGACAGUUGGCAAGUAUAAAAGCUACAGAUGUGAAACACUGGAACUGAGCAGUCAAGCCUAGCAGACUCGAGUGGAAUGGUGAGAGGAGACGUGGUUGUGUUUUUUAACCAGCUCUUGUGUUUUUCAAACAAAAGUGACCAUGUAAACCACUGAAAAGCUCAGUGGCAUCAAUUUACUGGAAAGUGAACAUGGUCCUUAAACUCUUGGCUACAUAUGUGGUUCAAACUCCCGGUUGAGCAGCUGUUACUGUCAGACUUGGGACAAUGCCCAUGAUGCACUUUGCUUUUUGCUUAACGUCGGUUAUCGUCCUAAUGAACUUUCAUGCAAAAAGAACUAGAUGGAGAGAGAGAGAGGAGAUGUAGGACUAUUCUUCACUGGUGCUAUGGAGGACAAUCUCCCUCUGUUUAUGGAAUACACACGAACGGUACAGUCUGAAGGAUUCACAAAGCUCGGUGUAAAAUUUUCUGUACGUCUCAUUCUGAACACAGAUUUCCUCUCCUGCUCGGCUUCUCUCGUGAUCGUUUGUGAACAGUGGAAAAAAAAAAAGUUUGCUCCUUUUUUUUUUUUAAAUAAGAAAAAAAAAAACAAGGACAUUGCAUUGAAGAAGAAAGUCUUUUGUUUUUUUAAAUGUACAGAUAUUUUGCUACAAAGUUGAACCCCUUAUUUUUUACAUUGCCCAUCCAUUGUGAUACUGUAUAUAUUGUUGAAACAAGCCAACACUCCCUCCAAUAUCAUUUUAAUGUUAUGAUGUCACGUCGUAUCAGUAUUAUUUAGUUCAGUGGUGAAGAACGUGGACCAGGUCACUCUGUGCUGAUUAUCUCUCACUUAUCACAAUUAUUCCACUAUGGUCAUUGUCUGUGGUUGCACGGUACACUGAAAGCUUGGACAGACACUAGUGGCACAUAUAACUUUUUUUAUACAUUGUUCUUUAAAAACAAACUGGAAUGGUUGUCUGCAAAUAAAGCAGUGACGCCAGAACUGGAA